CCUCGCGCAAGUGACACAAUUAAGGGAGGAGGGGGCAUAAGAAGUACGUCAUCAAAGCGAGCUUAAGGCAGCGGCCAUCUUGGAUAUUAUUUUUUGCACAAUAAAAAGAACAAAACGAUGCAUUAUCUUAGGAUAUUUUUCGAUAUUUGUUGCGAAACUUUCAACGGCGUUGAAGAAAAAACGAAGGGACCAAGCACAGUGAAGCACAGAGAGUAACGCUAUGGCCAAUCAGCGUUCAGAGCUCCUUUGAUAUCCAAUAGAACAAUACGUUUUCCGAGAGCAACCGGAAACCGAAUUCUCCUAUUGGAUACCGCGCACAAUCGUUUGUCCACAAUCGAACCAUCUGGAACUAUCGACUUUAAUGCGUAUGCCGCAACAACGGCACCUAACGUUAGCUGUGUUUUGGCGCAAAAGCACGUUUAAGUUUAAAGUAACGUCGUUAACCUCGAGGAGGGUAUUUUUCGGCGACUGACAUCAUUAAAUGCAUUAAGUCGCCAAAAAAAUGGAAGCGACCGCAUCGAAGCGACCGAACUCAACGAUAAGUGUCAACGAGGAUGACGAUCUAGACGAGUACACUCCGGCGAAGCUGGUCAAAACGUUGGAGAAAAAUGGCAUCACAGCGGGGGAUAUCAAGAAGCUCCAGGAUUCUGGUUACCACACCGUCGAGUCGGUGGCAUAUGCAACCAAGAAGGAGCUGAUCGCGAUCAAGGGCAUCAGCGAGGCCAAGGCGGAAAAGUUGCAGCAGGAGGCCUCCAAGAUGGUCAUGAUGGGCUUUAAGAGCGCCACGGAGAUACAUCAGACCCGGGCGAAUAUCGUCUACAUUACCACUGGUUCCAAGGAACUGGACAAGCUGCUAGGCGGGGGAAUAGAAACUGGCUCCAUUACGGAGCUCUUUGGGGAGUUUAGAUCAGGAAAGUCUCAGCUGUGUCACACCCUCGCUGUCAAUUGUCAGUUGCCCAUUAGCAUGGGUGGUGCGGAAGGCAAGUGCCUCUACAUAGAUACAGAGAACACUUUUAGACCUGAGAGAUUAAUAGCGGUGGCUGAAAAAUACAAGAUCAAUGGACCAUCCGUUCUCGACAAUGUCGCCUGUGCGAGAGCAUACAACACUGACCACCAGACCCAACUGUUGAUGCUAGCCAGUGCUAUGAUGACUGAGGCUAGGUAUGCCCUGCUGGUGGUCGAUAGCGCAACUGGUCUGUACAGAACAGAUUACAGUGGAAGAGGCGAAUUAGGCGCCAGACAGAAUCAUCUGGGCAGGUUCCUCAGAAUGCUGCUACGACUGGCGGAUGAAUAUGGAAUUGCUGUUGUUAUAACGAAUCAGGUGGUUGCGCAGGUCGACGGUGCCGCUAGUAUGUUUGGUGGGGAUCAGAAAAAACCGAUUGGUGGUCAUAUUUUAGCACACUCCAGCACAACAAGAUUGUACUUGCGUAAGGGCAGAGGAGAAACUAGGAUAUGCAAGAUAUAUGAUUCGCCGUGUUUACCAGAGAGCGAGGCAACAUUUGCUAUAAACCAGGACGGCAUAGGUGACGCAAAAGAGUAAGCUUAAAUCGAAAAAUCAGUAUAAACAAGAACAUUAUUAUAUGGCGUAUUUGUUUUUCUUUUUUAACGACAAACGUGAUGUGUCUUACUGUUUAUUUAUGUAAUUGUCAAGGUGAAGGCAGAUUAAUGGGACCAAUGUCUCACGUUAGAUUAAUUCACAUAUCUUUUAAAAUAGGAAAAUAAUUGAAGAAAUUAAAAAAAAGAAUAACAAUAAAUUUUACACAAUUAAAGUUAAGUGUUAAGUUAAUUGAAAAAUAGAUUAUAUAUGUAUAUAUUUUCUUAAUGUAUUUCUGCUAUAUCUUUCUUAGAUUUUAUACGAUAUUGUACAUCAAGGCUUUAAUAAAUAUAAGACAAAUAAUUUUUCUUAAUCGA